AUGAAUCACAAUACAUCUUCUAUUAAUUCCGGUGCUAUCAAAAAGAAAGUUUCAUCUCGAGGAAAAUGGGAUAACAAAAGAAAGCUUGCAUUGAUGCAGGCUUAUCAUGAGUUCCAUCCCUACUCUCAGCUAUACAGAAAUAGAACACAGGAAUGGAACAAAAUCAUAAGUGCUGUCAAUGCCAUGGGUGAUAAAAGCCCAAAGAAAUUAAAGAAGUCAUGUAUCAAAAACAAAAAGAACAAAAUGUUCAGAGAGUACCAGAAAGUUAUGAGUUUAUCUCAUAGCAAAAGAUGGACAAAGUUAGAUUCCAUGUUGCAAACCACACUUGGAAGAGCUACAUACGAAACAAUGCAAGAAAAAGAUAAAUUUAAAGAAGGAAAAAUUCUGAAGAAAGUAUCAGAUUUUGCCAAGACAAUAUUGGCCAAGAAUAGAGGAGAUGAAAUAAUGCACAUAGCAUUAUAUAGUCACUCAGAACCAGAGAUGCUCAACACAAAUAGUUCUUCUUCUAGACAACAAGCUGUUGCUGAAACCUUGACUGGAAAUGAGGAAGAUGAGAGAGAAGAUAAGAGAGUUGAGAGAUAUGAUGACAGCAGUGAUGUGCUGUUUGAAAACAGUGAUGAUGUUUACUCUGAGGCCAUCAUCAACAGAAAGAUCUUAUCUCUUCUGAAGAAGCAAGAUCACCAUCUUGAAAAACAAGACCAGCACAUGGAAAAGCAAGAGGCUUUUUUUGACAAGUGCUUGAUUCUUCUACAACAGCUUUCCGGUGAUGUACUCCUCAAUUUUUGGUGGUGGCGGCCCAAAAAUUGCCGUGGUUGCUGA